UCAACUAUACGCUUCUCGACGCUUGUCUUUUUCCAGCGUUCUCUAUUCAAGCCUAUUCAAGGCAACCCCCCCUCCACAUUUUCUCAUCUUCUUAGCCAGUCCCUGCUUUUCAGUCAUCAGCACAGAUCACUUUCUGUUUCUCCAUUCUACUUUUAACUCUCUGUCCAGUGGUGUGCUCUGAACCUCCAACCCCUUUUUAUUUAUUUUCUUCCUGUCUGAUGGAGUAACGGGUUCUUUCAGCAUCUGCACUCUGGUUCUCCGCCUUGCAUCCCCUCUCAUGGGCAUCCGUGCAUCUUGCAGACCAGAGGCUCAGGGUCGUGGUGGCGGUCCUCAGCAGGGUCAGGCAGACUCUCCACUUCCAGAGCAGGAUGAGGAGAUCCUGGGCUCCGAUGACGAUGAGCAGGAGGAUCCAAAUGACUAUUGCAGGGGUGGAUAUCACCAUGUCAAGAUAGGAGAUUUAUUCAAUGGGCGAUACCAUGUGAUCCGUAAACUCGGCUGGGGGCACUUCUCCACUGUGUGGCUGGCCUGGGACAUCCAGGAGAAGCGUUUUGUGGCCAUGAAAGUAGUAAAAAGUGCUGAACAUUACACAGAGACGGCUCUAGAUGAAAUCAAGCUGCUCAGAUCCGUGAGGAACACAGAUCCCAGAGACCCCAGUAGAGAGAGAGUGGUGCAGCUGCUUGACGACUUCAAAAUUUCUGGCAUGAAUGGAACCCAUGUGUGUAUGGUUUUUGAGGUACUGGGCUACCACUUACUGAAGUGGAUUAUCAAGUCCAAUUAUCAAGGCCUACCCCUGCCCUGCGUUAAAAGCAUUAUACAACAGGUCCUCCAGGGUUUAGACUACCUCCACACCAAGUGUAAGAUCAUCCACACAGACAUCAAACCAGAGAACAUUCUGCUGACGGUCAACGAGCCCUACAUCAAGAAGAUGGCUGCUGAAGCCACACAGUGGCAGAAGUCCGGCGCUGCUCCUCCCUCCGGAUCUGCAGUGAGUACAGCCCCAGCACCCAAACCACUGGUCAAAAUGUCAAAGAACAAAAAGAAGAAGAUGAAGAAGAAGCAAAAGAAGCAGGCAGAAAUGUUGGAGAAGAGGAUCCAGGAGAUGGAGGGGGGAGCAAUGCCUGAUGGUGGAGAGGAAGAGGAUGACGAGGAGACAACAGAGACCACGGAAGAUACAGCUUCCUCAGCCAGCCUCUCCAUGUCGGCCACUCUUCAAGAUAUCACCAACCACACGAGCGCAGACUCGACUCCCGACGAGCAGCCCCAGCAGACGCCUCCGCUUGGUGAACAGAGACGGGAUGCAGGCAAGGAGGGGACCAGAAUGGAAGUCAACUGCAACGGCCUAGCUUCCUCGCCAAAGAGCAAGGCCAGUCCAGAGGCACAUGAGACCAAACAGCUUACAGAGGAACAGGAAGACCAGCAGAAUGCAAACCAAUCAGAAAACACAGAGACCCAAGAUGCAUUAUGUAACCAGGAGGAGCAUCCUGCCUGUGAUGCCCCACUCGGAGAGCCUGACCCUGCCCUGCAGCAACUCCCUGCAUCUCUCAACCCAGACAUCACCGUAGAGCGAAAGGAGGGGGAGAACGAUGAAAACAAGGCGGAGGGCAUUGAUGCUCCAGAGGAAACAAAAAUAGCGAUUGAAGAGGUCGACCAGAACAGCACAGCAGGAAGCAUGCUGAUAAACCCCCUUGAGCCUCUAAAUGCUGACAAGCUGCAGGUUAAGAUCGCUGACCUCGGCAAUGCCUGCUGGGUGCAUAAACAUUUCACAGAUGACAUCCAGACACGGCAGUACCGUUCACUUGAGGUGUUGAUUGGAUCUGGCUACAGCACUCCAGCAGACAUCUGGAGCACAGCCUGCAUGGCAUUCGAGCUUGCAACUGGAGAUUAUCUGUUUGAACCCCACUCUGGAGACGACUACUCCAGGGAUGAAGACCACAUAGCGCUGAUCAUCGAGCUGCUUGGUAAAGUUCCACGGAAGCUGAUCUUGGCGGGCAAAUACUCCAAGGAGUUUUUCACCAAGAAAGGUGACCUGCGUCACAUCACCAAGCUGAAGCCGUGGGGUCUGUUCGACGUCUUGAUGGAAAAGUACGAGUGGUCCAAAGAGGAAGCCAACACGUUCAGCAGCUUCCUUCUGCCCAUGCUAGACCUGGUGCCUGAAAGGAGGGCCACUGCGGCCCAAUGCCUCUCCCAUCCAUGGCUCACUUCCUAGAGGCUGCCCAUGCUUGAUGUCACACCCUCAUAUUGUGAAAGGAUCAAUUUAGUUUUAAAGCUCUGAACUUGAACGCGUACGGUAAACAUUCAUCGUGCCUGCACCAAAUUGUCAUGUCUCAGCCUUCCUGCAUACACCUAAAACGAUCGAGAGAGGAAGUGCUGCCAAGUCUUUCUCCUCUUAUAGAUCUCACCUUUUAUAGAAGGAGCGUUAGGUUCUCUUGUAUUUAUGGCUCAUCUUUAUGUGGCCUGCAUAGAAUCAAUCAAUCAAGUUCAUUUGUUUUCCUUACUGCAGAUGUCUCAACUGCUCAUUAUUCACUGUCCGAUUUAAAAUCAGUUUCUUUUUUUCUUUUACAAAAACAAGAAAGAAUACUAACAGAAAGAAAGCUUGGAAUAAAUGUAAGAAAUGUUAUCUCAGUUCACAGAGGAGCCAAAUUUGUCUGUCUCCCAGACUUUAUUUUUCCAGCUUUGAUGCAUUUGGUUUUAAACAGUGUUCUCAAACUUAAUUGCUUCAUAGUGCUAAUUGGAAUGAAGAGCUAAUAGUCACCUUUUUAAAAAGCACCGAUAAGUUGCAUUGAUCUUCAUAGACAAAUAGAUAUGUUUUGUACAUUUGUGCAGAGAAUGCACCAGGGUAGAAAGUUUACUUUCCAUGUAUCGUUCACCAAGGAGAUUCAUACAGUUGUGCUCUGGGAACCACGCCAUUAGUUCAGGUACCGUCUUGCUGAAAAUAGUGUUUUCUAGCUUCUGUAUUAUUUUGCAUUCUAUCAAUUAAGGCGUUUUGGUUCAACACGGUGUGAUCACAAAUCAGAUUCUCUCUUCUGACUGAAUAGUUGACGGAUAAAUUAAAAGAAUGCUGUUUCCUUUUUGGAGAGGCUUCAUCAUUUCCCACAUGAACGUUGAGCGUACAAAAAUGGUGUAACCAGGAGUCGGCAGUUUCUGAACAAGACGGUGAGCAGGAGCGCAAUCUAAAGGGCUUAAGAAAUACUACUUCAGUGGUUUUUGAACAAAGUUUCAAUCAUUAUCAGAUGAUCACCUUUGUUUGAAGUUCACAAGGUUUUCUGCUUCACAGGGACAUGCUGGUUUGGGGGAAAAAAAGAUUUUACUGAAUACAAAUAAUAACUGAAUCCCAUGCUUGCUUUUUCUAUGAGCUUAUGUCCAUGUCUUCCUUCUUUGUUUACUUCUUCCUGUACAUAAUAAGAAUAAACAUUUUUCAAAAUC